GGAACGCGCCCAAGCAGGGCGACUGAUGACGAUUUGGAACAAGCCCCUUGGUCACACCGUGCGAGUAUCUUGUGAUAAGCAUGUUGUUUUCAGAAAAAAGCUGAAGUCAUCCCAGAUCGCAAAAUACUCCAACCUCGCGUCGAAUGAAGGAUAAUUUUACAUUGCACACGAAGGUAGAGAACACAUUUCAUUCAUUUUGUGUCACGCCUGACCAAUUGAUUUUGCUUAACUUGUUAGCUAAUAUGCGAGCCAAGCUAGCGACAACUGUCAGCUCUGUUAUUCAAUGUUGUUGUGAUCAUCUGAUAAUGGUGUACUCUUGUUUUCUUUCAUCUUUAGAAGGCUAAUUUAUGACAAUAUUCCCUCAUCUGCCCUCUUCUCAGACUGAAUACAAUGGUAAGAGAUUCACCUCCAACUCUUUGUUGAGAAUAAAUUAAAAUCAUUGUAGGAGUAUUAAAUAAGCAUUGUAGCUGAGUUAGCUAGCUACAGUACUUAUUUGGAAUGAGUUGGACGUGCUAAAAGUCCAUUCUGAUAACAUUUUAGCAAUCAUGUUUCUGGACAUGGGUUACUAGGCUACAGUGAGUGAGUGAGAUAAAUAGGCCAUUUCAGGUUCAUAGGUACACAGACGACAUACUAGCUAUGGCGGUUUUGUGUAGAUAAAGACUUAAAGAUUGGAGUUUACAUUUUCUAGUGUGAUCCAGCACAUAUAAAUAUUUGCCUAGAAAGGACAUGAACCUCAGAGCAAAUAUAUGGAGUUAAGCACAGAUUUCUGCAUUCCUAAAGUGGGCGAACGCAGUAGGCCUACAGCUGAAACAUUGAUCACCCUGUGUACAACGUUAUUCAUCACCACCACCUAUUGACAUAGCAGAAUCAGAAAAAUGAAGAAAUAUGUCUCGAGCACACAGUCUUAGGUUUUCUUAAUCUCUCUCCUCAGACUGUGCAGAUAGGGGUGGUGUGUCUGGCUCUGCUAGGCCUGACUUCAGCUCUGAUUUGUCCCGAUGGUGGGAUGUGUGAAGAUGGGAACACCUGCUGCAAGACGCCCAGCGGUGGAUAUGGCUGCUGUCCACUACCGAAUGUAAGUGACUAGUCUCUGGUCUAAAGUUUCUGUGUGUGUGGUUGCUUGAUUAAAUUUGGUUACUGCAGGACAUAUUGUCAGUCUAGCUGACCCCGCUUUGAAUCAUACUGGUAGUGUGAAACAUGCUUACUCAACACCAUAGUGUGAAAGAACAAAGCUAAGAACAUGCUGUAGCUAAUUUUAUGGCCAUUGCUCAGCAAAACCAUAAUCAGCAUUGAUGGUCUUGCUAAUUCUGUGGGGGUGCUUUUCAUUCAAUUGUUGUAACAUAGCUAUAAAAUGGACUGUUUUGCUGCCAAAAUCAUGACGCUGUUUUGAAUCCCAUCUCCAGGCUGAGUGCUGCUCAGACCACCUGCAUUGCUGUUAUGAGGGGACAGUGUGUGAUUUAGUGCACUCCAAGUGCCUUAAUAAAACCGUCUCUCUGCCGUGGGUCAGAAGAGUUCCUGCCAAACGCCUAAUCGGCCAUCUGGUAAAGGGAAUGCAACGUUAUUCUCCAUAUAUCUGUGUAUUUUGGUCUAGUAUAAUCUAUUAUAUCUAUGUUUUGUUUAAUAUAGAUUAUAUUUCUUAAUUUUAUGAAGCCUAUUCAUUCAUGGUAAUUCACUUUGUUGCCUGAAUAAAUGUAACGCAUGUUUCAAACUCACUCAUUGGUAUGUGUUGCCUGUCACUCCAUUAGAUGCUGGAGGGAGUGAAGGCAGUCAAAUGUCCCGACGGCGAGGCAGAGUGUCCAGACGACACCACCUGCUGUCAACUCCCAGACGGUUCCUGGGGCUGCUGUCCCCUGGCCAAGGUACGUUACAUACUUUUCCAUAAGGCCUAUUCCAUAUUUGGAAGUCCUCUUUGGGUGACAUUUUGAGAGUAUAAAAUUGCAGAGAUCAAAAAUCUAUAGGUGAAUAAUACAGUAGUGUUUUGCACAUUUCAGCAUAUUUUAGUGCUGUCGAAAUGAGGCCCCUUGCAUUUCACUGCUGCCUCAGAACCAUUCUUUCUUCCUGUGGUCAUACAAUGUUCAUUUGGAACAACCACUGUAAUGUGUUGAAACAAUGUUUCAGUUGAUUUUGCAACUGUCAACACUGCACACUAAAAUACCCUAGGGACCUUAUUGAAAUAAUUGAUUCAUCCACACAUUAUAAGUUCCUCUGAUCUUCUUGAGCGUGAUAAAUAAAAUGGUAAGCUUGGCUUCAGGUAUUAACAGAGUAAACAUUUGUUUAGAAAGUGACUUGACCUGACUACUAGGCAGUAGAUUAGACAUAGUUAAUGAAGUGAGUCCCAGUGACGGCUGGAGGGGUUUUUCACUAAACAGAAGCAAGGAGCUAGCUACAUUCAGUAAAUAUUGAAUAUGUUUUUUACUUCCUUUUUCUAUAGUAUUUGCAAAAGCGGGCUCACUGACUCAUGACCCUUGCCUUGUGAAAUACUCCCUUGGUCUCUGAAUUUUGAUGGUAAAUAUUUGAUUGUAAUGGUUAACACUCCAGAAUAGCGGGGAAAAUGCUACUUAGGCCUAGGGUAUUAAUACUUUGAAACAGUGUGCUUGUGCCAGUUGGCAAAUGUAGUUGAGUUGACUUGGGUGUGCAUAUACACAGAUGGGCAGUAGGCCUAUUUCUUUUAGCUACAUGUAUUUGAAAUAGGUAUUUUAAUUACUUUGGAGUAUUUAGUCAUACAGUGGGGAAAAAAAGUAUUUAGUCAGCCACCAAUUGUGCAAGUUCUCCCACUUAAAAAGAUGAGAGAGGCCUGUAAUUUUCAUAAUAGGUACACGUCAACUAUGACAGACAAAAUGAGAAAAAAAAAUCCAGAAAAUCACAUUGUAGGAUUUUUUAUGAAUUUAUUUGCAAAUUAUGGUGGAAAAUAAGUAUUUGGUCAAUAACAAAAGUUUCUCAAUACUUUGUUAUAUACCCUUUGUUGGCAAUGACACAGGUCAAACAUUUUCUGUAAGUCUUCACAAGGUUUUCACAUACUGUUGCUGGUAUUUUGGCCCAUUCCUCCAUGCAGAUCUCCUCUAGAGCAGUGGUGUUUUGGGGCUGUCGCUGGGCAACACAGACUUUCAUCUCCCUCCAAAGAUUUUCUAUGGGGUUGAGAUCUGGAGACUGGCUAGGCCACUCCAGGACCUUGAAAUGCUUCUUACGAAGCCACUCCUUCGUUGCCCGGGCGGUGUGUUUGGGAUCAUUGUCAUGCUGAAAGACCCAGCCACGUUUCAUCUUCAAUGCCCUUGCUGAUGGAAGGAGGUUUUCACUCAAAAUCUCACGAUACAUGGCCCCAUUCAUUCUUUCCUUUACACGGAUCAGUCGUCCUGGUCCCGUUGCAGAAAAACAGCCCCAAAGCAUGAUGUUUCCACCCCCAUGCUUCACAGUAGGUAUGGUGUUCUUUGGAUGCAACUCAGCAUUCUUUGUCCUCCAAACACGACGAGUUGAGUUUUUACCAAAAAGUUAUAUUUUGGUUUCAUCUGACCAUAUGACAUUCUCCCAAUCCUCUUCUGGAUCAUCCAAAUGCACUCUAGCAAACUUCAGACGGGCCUGGACAUGUACUGGCUUAAGCAGGGGGACACGUCUGGCACUGCAGGAUUUGAGUCCCUGGCGGCGUAGUGUGUUACUGAUGGUAGGCUUUGUUACUUUGGUCCCAGCUCUCUGCAGGUCAUUCACUAGGUCCCCCCGUGUGGUUCUGGGAUUUUUGCUCACCGUUCUUGUGAUCAUUUUGACCCCACGGGGUGAGAUUUUGCGUGGAGCCCCAGAUCGAGGGAGAUUAUCAGUGGUCUUGUAUGUCUUCCAUUUCCUAAUAAUUGCUCCCACAGUUGAUUUCUUCAAACCAAGCUGCUUACCUAUUGCAGAUUCAGUCUUCCCAGCCUGGUGCAGGUCUACAAUUUUGUUUCUGGUGUCCUUUGACAGCUCUUUGGUCUUGGCCAUAGUGGAGUUUGGAGUGUGACUGUUUGAGGUUGUGGACAGGUGUCUUUUUAUACUGAUAACAAGUUCAAACAGGUGCCAUUAAUACAGGUAACGAGUGGAGGACAGAGGAGCCUCUUAAAGAAGAAGUUACAGGUCUGUGAGAGCCAGAAAUCUUGCUUGUUUGUAGGUGACCAAAUACUUAUUUUCCACCAUAAUUUGCAAAUAAAUUCAUUAAAAAUCCUACAAUGUGAUUUUCUGGAUUUUCUUUUCUCCAUUUGUCUGUCAUAGUUGACGUGUACCUAUGUUGAAAAUUACAGGCCUCUCUCAUCUUUUUAAGUGGGAGAACUUGCACAAUUGGUGGCUGACUAAAUACUUUUUUCCCCCACUGUAUGUAUUUGAAAGUUGUAAAAAAAAAAAGAAAUGUAAUUUGUAACAAGAUGCUUCAGAGAAUGGUAUUUUAUAUUUUUAUUUUAUAGCGGUUCACAAUUUUGUGGCCCUAUGUCACCACGCCCCCAUGUUUCUGAGGCAGGGAGUCCUGGAACGGGUUUUCCCCGAGAGAGUGGCCCAAGCCCUGGAUCACUUUUGAGGAUGUUCCGGUGUUUCAAUACAAUGGGUUUGACGGGACCGGCACAUAGGCUGUACUCUGUGGAAAAACAAACGUGUUCUGGUUUCUAUUAGUGCCAGCAAAUAGGUUUUCACGGGUAUAGGCCUGUUCAAUGACACUCUUAUCAUAAAUUUACAUGCGUUGCAGGAACCUGGUGCACAUAUCAUUAGCUUUGUGCUCAAAAUCUACACUACCGGUCAAAAGUUUUAGAACACCUACUCAUUCCAGGGUUUUUCUUUAUUUUUACUAUUUUCUACAUUGUAGAAUAAUAGUGAAGACAUCAAAACUAUGAAAUAACACAUAUGGAAUCAUGUAGUAACCAAAAAAGUGUUAAACAAAUCCAAAUAUAUUUUAAACUUGAGAUUCUUCAAAUAGCCACCCUUUGCCUUGAUGACAGCUUUGCACACUCUUGGCAUUCUCUCAACCAGCUUCAUGAGGUAGUCACCUGGAAUGCAUUUCAAUUAACAGGUGUGCCUUCUUAAAAGUUAAUUUGUGGAAAUUAUUUCCUUCUUAAUGUGUUUGAGCCAAUCAGUUAUGUUGUGACAAGGUAGGGGGGGGUAUACAGAAUAUAGCCCUAUUUGGUAAAAGACCAAGUCCAUAUUAUGGCAAGAACAGCUCAAAUAAGCAAAGAGAAACGACAGUCCAUCAUUACUUUAAGACAUGAAGGUCAGUAAAUUUGGAAAAUGUCAAGAACUUUGAAAGUUUCUUCAAGUGUAGUCGCAAAACCAUCAAGCGCUAUGAUGAAACUGGCUCUCAUGAGGACCGCGACAGGAAUGGAAGUCCCAGAGUUACCUCUGCUGCAGAGCAAAAGUUCAUUAGAGUUACCAGCCUCAGAAAUUGCAGCCCAAAUAAAUGCUUCACAGAGUUCAAGUAACAGACACAUCUCAGCCUCAACUGUUUAGAGGAGACUGUGUGAAUCAGGCCUUCAUGGUCAAAUUGCUGCAAAUAAACCACUACUAAAGGGCACCAAUAAGAAGAAGAGACUUGCUUGGGCCAAGAAACAUAAGCAAUGGACAUUAGACCGGUGGAAAUGUGUCCUUUGGUCUGGAGUCCAGAUUGGAGAUUUAUGGUUCCGACCGCUGUGUCUUUGUGAGACGUGGUGUGGGUGAACGGAUGAUCUCCGCAUGUGUAUUUCCCACUGUAAAGCAUGGAGGAGGAGGUGUUGUGGUGUGGGGGUGCUUUGCUGGUGACACUGUCUGUGAUUUAUUUAGAAUUCAAGGCACACUUAACCAGCAUGGCUACCACAGCAUUCUGCAGCGAUACGCCAUCCCAUCUGGUUUGGGCUUAGUGGGACUAUCAUUUGUUUUUCAACAGGACAAUGACCCAACACACCUCCACACCUGAUGAUAUUUUAGCAAGAAGGAGAGUGAUGGAGUGCUGCAUCAGAUGACCUGGCCUCCACAAUCCCCCGACCUCAACCAAAUUGAGAUGGUUUGGGAUGAGUCGGACUGCAGAGUGAAGGAAAAGCAGCCAACAAGUGCUCAGCAUAUGUGGGAACUCCUUCAAGACUGUUGGAAAAGCAUUCCAGGUGAAGCUGGUUGAGAGAAUGCCAAGAGUGUGCAAAGCUGUCGUCAAGGCAAAGGGUGGCUAUUUGAAGAAUCUCAAAUAUAAAAUAUAUUUUGAUUUGUUUAUCACAUUUCUGGUUACAGCAUGAUUCCAUAUGUGUUAUUUCAUAGUUUUGAUGUCUUAACUAUUAUUCUACAAUGUAGAAAAUAGUAAAAUUUAAAGAAACUCUUGAAUGAGUAGGUGUUCUAAAACUUUUGACCGGUAGUGUAUGUCUUUACUACAGUUAUGUCUGAGUUUUAGGAAUUGACCCACCGGUAUGUUCCGCUUAAGGUGUACCGGAUGGUUACUAUCUGCAUGUAAAAGUGUAUUCCUACUCUGCGCCUUGCGGAAGAUGUUAGACUCCAACUUGUUUUCUUCAUUUUUGUGGAUUGUAAGAUCCAAGAAGUCUAUUUUCUCCCGACUUCUUCUCUCUGCUGUAAAUUUGAGAUUGGGGUCAGAUAAGUGAAUAUAAGAAAUUAACUCAGAGAGGAGAGCAUCACUACCGUUCCAUACCAGUAGGAUGUCGUCUAUGUAUCUUUUCCAAAGGGCGACAUUCUGGAAAUACGGGUCAAAUGAAGGUCUCCUUCCAGUGUACCAUAAAUUCGCAUAGUUAGACACGAAUGCAGCUCCCAUCGUUGUACCCCGAAUGUGUUAGUGGAAACUGCCCACGUAUUGGAAGUCAUUUGAUGUGAAGGCAAGCCCUUAUUUUUGUCAUUGUUGUUGAGCUCCUUUCCUUUGUCUGCUGAAGUGCGAAUGCCCACCUGAACGCAGUCUAAACCUGGUCUUCCCAUCUGAACGCAUUCUAAACCUUUUCUUCCCACCUGAACGCAUUCUAAACCUUGUCUCCCCGCCUGAACGCAUUCUAAACCUGGUCUUCCCGCCUGAACGCAUUCUAAACCUGGUCUUCCCGCCUGAACCCAUUCUAAACCUGGUCUUCCAUGAUGACAGAGGUGAGUGCUACGGGGCGAUAGUCAUUUAGUUCAGUUACCUUUUGCAUUCUUGGGUACAGGAACAAUGGUGGCCAUCUUGAAGCAUGUGGGAACAGCAGACUGGGAAAGGGAGAGAUUGAAUAUGUUCGUAAACACACCAGCCAGCUGGUCUGCGCAUGCUCUGAGGACGCGGCUAAGGAUGCCGUCUGGGCCGGCAGCCUUGCGGGGGUUAACAUGCUUAAAUGUCUUACUCACGUCGGCCAUGGAGAAGGAGAGGCCACAGUCCUUGGUAGUGGGCCUCGUCGGUGGCACUGUGUUAUCCUCAAAGCGGGCGAAGAAGGUGUUUAGCUUGUCUGGAACCGAGACGUCGGUGUCGUGGCUGGUUUUCCUUUUGUAGUCUGUGAUUGUCUGUAGACCGUGCCACAUAUGUCUCGUGUCUGAGCUGUUAAAUUGCAACUCCACUUUGUCUCUAUACUGUUUGCCAGUUUAAUUGCCUUGCGGAAUGAGUAGCUACACUGUUUGUAUUCUGCCAUAUUCCCAGUCACCUUGCCAUGGUUAAAUGCGGUGGUUUGCGCUUUCAGUUUUGCGUGAAUGCUGCCAUCUAUCCACGGUUUCUGGAUAGGGUAGGUUUUAAUAGUCACAGUUGGCACAACAUCACCUAUACACUUCCUGAUAAACUCAGUCACCGUUUCAGUGUAUUCAUCUAAAUUAUUUUCGCAAGCUACCCGGAACAUAUCCCAGUCCACGUGAUCAAAACAAUCUUGAAGUGUGGUUUCCCGAUUGGUCAGACCAGCGUUUAAUAGUCCUUAGUACGGGUACUUCCUGUUUUAGUUUCUGCCUAUAGGAAGGGAGGAGCAAAAUGGAGUCGUGGUCAGAUUUGCUGAAAGGAGGGCGAGGGCGGGGGAGGGCCUUAUAACCAUCCCGGAAGUUCGAAUAGCAAUGGUCAAGGAUUUUAGCAGCGCGAGUACAACAGUCGAUAUGUUGAUAGAACUUCGGCAGCCUAGUCCUCAAAUUUGCUUUGUUAAAAUCCCCGGCUACAAUAAAUGCAGCCUCAGGAUAUGUGGUUUCCAGUUUGCAUAAAGUCCAGUGAAGUUCUUUGAGGGCCGUCCUGGUAUCGGUUUGAGGGGGGAUAUACACGGCCGUGACUAUAACCGUAGAAAAUUAUCUUGGGAGAUACCUGGUCUUCCAGCCUGAACGCGUUCUAAACCUGGUCUUCCCGCCUGAACGCAUUCUAAACCUGGUCUUCCCGCCUGAACGCAUUCUAAACCUGGUCUUCCCGCCUGAGCGCGUUCUAGACCUGGUCUUCCCGCCUGAACGCGUUCUAGACCUGGUCUUCCCGCCUGAGCGCGUUCUAAACCUUGUCUUCUCUUCUCUCUCAAGGCAGUGUGCUGUGAGGACAAGAUGCACUGCUGUCCAGAGGGCACCAAAUGUGACCUAGCCCACUCCAAGUGUGUGUCACCCACCCUGGACACGUUCCUCAUGAAGGAGAAAGUGCCUGCAAGGAAGAGGCAGACAGGUACUGAAGGGACAGACAGAAAUAAAUGACAAGAUUAUCAUGAAGUUGCUGUUGAAUUAUGUUCCAGGGUUAUGUUCGUUAGGGCACAAAAUUAACGGAAAGCUAUUUUUUUAUUGGAAUAGUCCAGUCACUUCCUUUUUCAGUCUGCUUUCUUCGGUUUGGUGCCUAAUGAACACAACACAGUUCUCUUCCUGGUGUCUCAGUAGCUGUAGUUGGACAAGCAGUGACCUGCCCAAGUGGUAAGAGCACGUGCCCAGACGGAACCACCUGUUGCCUGCUGGCCAGUGGAGACUUUGGCUGCUGCCCCUACCCUGAGGUGAGUGGAGCUGGUGCUGGGUCAUUAGAGUAGAUCCUGGGUCACACAAUCUUAAGCCAUUUUGUUCAGCUGUGUGUUGCACAAUGUGUGUUGCACACAGGCGGAUGUGUAAUAACUGUUAGUCACAUGUCUAAGAAAGUGUUUCAACGUGAGGAAAGUGUAGCUAAAGGGAGAUGUAGAGAUGGAACAUUUCAAAACUGAUGAACUAUGUUUUAAAUCAUGUGUUCUGUACAGGCUGUGUGCUGUACCGACAAACUCCACUGUUGCCCUGGCAACUCAACCUGUAACCUGGAGCAUGAGAUGUGCACUUCCCCCGAUACACAGACUCCAUUGGCCAAGAAGAUCCCUGCCAUCCCCAACGAUGGUGAGGCACCAACCACUUCUCACCCUAAUCGCUGGCUACUGGGAUGUUACUAAUUGAAUUUGUAGUGUAAGCGUGUAAUUUUCCAGUGAAAUUAGUGGUUAUGUGGUCCUUUUUUAAUUCUGUGCUCUUGUAAGAAAAGUAUAACACAAUUAUUUUGUGAGUUUCUGUUGGUAUACAAUAUAUUUUUUUAAUGUGCAUCUUUCUUUUAGUGGAUUGUCCAGACAGGUUGUCAUCGUGUCCUGAACUCACCACUUGCUGCCUGCUGGUGGAUGGGAGCUAUGGCUGCUGCCCUAUGCCCAGUGUAAGUACUCUGCUCUGAGCCCAAUGACUCACCACACAUCUAUAAUCAGCUGCCAGGAAAUGUGUCAGCUCCUGUAGAAUUCAGCUGGAUGAAGAGGAAUUAUUUUAGUUUGGCCAGAUCUGUCUCUGUCUCUGUCUCUGUGACGGAGUACAAGUAUGUAUUUUUAUUUAUCAAGACCCCUCUGUUGCUCUCCGCAGGCUGUGUGUUGUUCGGAUGACCUCCACUGCUGUCCACAGGGCACUACCUGUGACCUGGAACAGGGCACCUGUGUGUCUAAACAUGGCCAAACCCCCAUGGCUGUCAAAUUCCCCGCCACAUUGACCACCACAUCCCUACAGAGCAGAGGUCCGAGACAAAGUUCUACAUCAAACAUUAGCGCAUGAUGUUAACAUCAAUUUGCAACCGACUAUCCAAGUCGGGCUAUUCAAGAUAGACAGCUGCAUAGUGACCAAGGAAUGAAAGUUUAUAUUUGGCCAGAUCUGUAGCUAUUCUGCAUCUCGCCAGAGGUGUCAUGUCCAUACGUUAACAUGUGAAGGUCUGUGUGGUCUGUGUCCUCUAGUCAAUGCUGUGCCCUGCAACGACUCUGUGGCCUGUGCUGAUGGGAGCACGUGCUGUAAAUCACUAGCUGGAGAAUGGCUCUGCUGCCCCCUGCCCAAGGUACUGUGAACCCCUGUGUGAGUGUGUGUGUGUCAGCCAUAAUUCUUGUCACACUUGACAGUAGAGCUCAGCCCUUGAGACUCACCUGAUUUAUUAAAUCUUACUUAUAAAUCUUAUUCAUGUUGCAAGUGUUGCCAUUAUUUUACAGUCAGUGGUGUUAAAUUUGUCUUGUAGCAUUCAAGAUAUGCAAACAGAAACACUAUAUAAACUGUGAACUCCUUCUGAACCAACAAACCCCACACUGAUUCCUUUGAGCUUCCCAUAGGCUAUGUGUUGUGAUGACCAUCUCCACUGCUGCCCCCAUGGGACCAUCUGUAACUUGGUAGAGAGUACGUGUGAUGACCCCUCCUCGGGCUCUGCCCUGGUUCCCAUGCUGGACAAGGUGCCUGCCUUCAGCUAUGUGUCGGAGAAGGAGCCGCUGCCCAACAGCAAAUGUGAAGAAUCCACGUCGUGCCCGGGCAAAUCCACAUGCUGCAAGACCACCACAGGAAACUGGGCCUGCUGCCCCUUGCCCAAUGUACGGCCAUUUCCACAUAUACCCCCACUGACUUAUUCUUUGCUAAGUCCUUGUUAAGGGUCUAACCUUUAGGCAACUUUACCUCAGGUUGAAUCUGAUUGAAUGACGUCGAUAUUAAAUUAUAUUCUUGAAGUAACUAGACAUGAAAUUGAAUUGACUCUAAUUGGAAAUCACAACUGUCCCUGUACAGAUUAAAGUAAUAAGUGGUCCUAAUUUGAUAAUGUUAUGAAUUGUCCUUUAUUCCAGUCAUCUCUGUCAGUCAUUGAAUUAAAUCUGAGUCAAAUAAGCAUCACGUUUCUAACCUAAAGGUAGCCUAACUUAUCUCAAUAAUAACAAGCCCAUGGGUUCUCUGCCCUUCAGGCGGUGUGUUGCAACGACCACCUCCACUGCUGCCCCCACGGCAACGUGUGUAACCUGGAGGCCAGUACCUGUGAUGAUCCCUCAGGCUUCACCAUGCCGUGGGUCACCAAGGUGCCAGCCCUCGCCACCCAGGCACCACUGGCCACUGAGAAGUGUGACGAACAGACCAUGUGCCCCGGGGGCACCACCUGCUGCAGGCAGAACUCAGGACAGUCGGCAUGCUGUCCUCUACCUCAUGUGAGUUAACUCGCUCCCAUUCAAUGACUCCCUUCAUAGAGACUGAGAUGAAUUGAAGAGUUGUGCAUAAUAUUGUUUUAGACUUGACUCCGGGCCCUGGAUGUGUGUUACAGAAGUUUCCUAAGCUGUCAUAUCUUCUGUUUUCUCACUUUAAGACACCAGAUACUGUAGAUCAGGGCCAAUAUUCAUAAAGUGUCUCAGCACGACUACUCUUUAUCAAUACCGGCCCAGAUUUGUUGUGAUUACAGAACAAGGGCUCUUAACUGGAAGUUAUGCUUUAAAAUAAUGUUAUUGUUGCCCCUUAGGUGGUGUGCUGCGACGACCAUGAGCACUGCUGCCCUAAAGGCUACACGUGUAAUGUGGCCGAACAGACCUGUGACAAGCCCGGGCUCCUCAGCCUGCCCUGGGUCCCCAAGCUGCGAGCCCUGCCCCUGCAUAGGGGGCUUCCCCAGGCCAGUACCCCCUCCGUCCCCCCAGCCAAGAACAUGUGUGACCCCCACACUAGCUGCCCCAAAGAUACCACCUGCUGCUUCAUGAAAAAGGCUGGCAAAUGGGGGUGCUGCCCCCUGCCAAAGGUAAGGAGGUUACUAUGGAGCCUUUAGCUGUGGCAACCUUUCAAAAUAUUCUUAUUUAUGAUUAACACAGUAAUGGGAAGUUAGCACCAUUUUACAUAGCAUAAAAUUACCACUUAGUUGAAAUUAUGAAAAUAAUAGUCUUGGUUACUUACUUCUCUAUGCUCCUUGUGGAGCAUAAAGCUGCCUGAAAUGACAUGGUGAUUAUACAGUAGUAAUCUCUGUAUGACCUCACUGUAAUGUUCUUCUCCUCCCCAGGCAGUGUGCUGUGCCGACGGAGACCACUGCUGCCCCAGCGGCUACAGCUGUGAUAACCACAAGACCUCCUGCUCUAAGGGCCGCCUGACCAUCCCUUGGUACCGCAAGGAGAAGGCCCUGACUGAGGGAGCCAUGUUGAAAGACGUGAAGUGUGACGACAAGAGCAGCUGCGCCUCGGGGACCACCUGCUGCAAGCUGCCCACGGGAGAAUGGGGCUGCUGUCCUCUGGUCAAGGUGCGUCUCCAUUGACUUUCUGUGAUAAUGGAUUGGAUUUAUACAUUCCCAUUCUUCUCUGCAGAUCCUCUCAAGCUCUGUCAAGUUGAAUGGGGAGCGUUGCUGCACAGCUAUUUUCAGGUCUCUCCCGAGAUGUUAGAUCGGAUUCAAGUCCGGGCUCUGGCUGGGCCACUCAAGGACAUUCAGAGACUUGUCCCGAAGCCACUCCUGCGUUGUCUUGGCUGUGUGCUUAGAGUCGUUGUCCUGUUGGAAGGUGAACCUUUGCCUCAGUCUAUGGUCCUGAGUGCUCUGGAGCAGGUUUUCAUCAAGGAUCUCUCUGUACUUUGCUCCGUUCAUCUUCGCCUCGAUCCUGACUAGUCUCCCAGUCCCUGCUGCUGAAAAACAUCCCCACAGCAUGAUGCUGCCACCACCAUGCUUCACCGUAGGGAUGGUGCCAGGUUUCCUCCAGAUGUGACACUUGGCAUUCAGGCCAAAGAGUUCAAUCUUGGUUUCAUCACACCAGAGAAUCUUGUUUCUCAUGGUCUGAGAGUCUUUAAGUGCCUUUUGGCAAACUCCAAGCGGACUGUCAUGUGCCUUUUUACUGAGGAGUGGCUUCCGUCUGGCCACUCUACCAUAAAGACCUAAUUGGUGGAGUGCUUGUCCUUCUGGAAGGUUCUCCCAUCUCCACAGAGGAACUCUAGAGCUCUGUCAGAAUGACCAUCGGGUUCUUGGUCACCUCUCUGACCAAGGCCCUUCUCCCCCGAUUGCUCAGUUUGUCCGGGCGGCCAGCGCUAGGAAGAGUAUUGGUGGUUCCAAACUUCUUCCGUUGAAGAAUGAUGGAGGCCACUGUGUUCUUGGGGACCUUCAAUGCUGCAGAAAUGUUUUGGCACCCUUCCCCAGAUCUGUGCCUCGACACAAUCCUGUCUCGGAGCUCUACGGACAAUUCCUUCGAUCUCAUGGCUUGGUUUUUGCUCUGACAUGCACUGUCAACUGUGGGACCUUUUUAUAGACAGGUGUGUGGCUUCCCAAAUCAUGUCCUAUCAAUUGAAUUGACCAUAGGUGGACUCCAUUCAAGUUGUAGAAACAUCUCAAGGAUGAUCAACAGAAACAGGAUGCACCUGAGCUCAAUUUCGAGUCUCAUCGCAAAGGGUCUGAAUACUUAUGUAAAUAAGGUUUUUAGAUUUUUUAAUAAAUGUUCAAAAAAAUUCUACAAACCUGUUUUUGCUUCGUCAUUAUGGGGUAUUGUGUGUAGAUUGCUGAGGAAAUUGUUUUAUUUAAUCAAUUUUAGAAUAAGGCUGAAACGUAACAAAACGUGGAAAAAGUCGAGAGGUCUUAAUACUUUCCGAAGGCACUGUAUAGUACACACACACUUAUAUUUGUAUUUGAUUGGGACACUUUCCUUUUCUCUCUCUCUCCUUAUUUCCCUCUAUCCGCAGGCUGUUUGCUGUACAGACCAAGAGCACUGCUGCCCACAGGGCUACAGCUGCAACAUGCAGACUGGGACCUGUGAGAAACCGGUAGAGGGUGUGCUCCCCCAUACAAUGCCCCUGACGAAGGUGGAAGAGUCCCAGCAGAGAGCAGCGGAGAUGGGGGUAGAUGUGAAGUGUGAUGGCACUGAAGAGUACAGCUGUCCCAAACUGCAGACAUGCUGCAAGACCUCACCCACAGAAUGGUCCUGCUGCCCUGCACCAAAGGUAGCGAAACAGCUACUUGGAAUGAAAAUUCUUUGAAUAUUUAACUUGACAUAUGUAACUGACUUUUGACCAUAAGUAACAUUCAACUUUUUAUACAAUAUUCUGCGCAUUUAGAUGUUAACAUGCCCGGCAAUUCAAGUGAUCAGUCUGCCGCACAUAGGUUCCAAUGUUUGUGGGUGGUAAAUUACAUGCCCCCAUCACUUCUAUUGAUUGUUAGCUUGUGGUGGCUAAUGUUUGCUGAUGUUUGUGGUGGCUGUUUAAAGAAAACCGAACCACAGUUUCUCCUGACCCAUAGACUACUUUCAGGGUGAGGAACCAUCUAACAUCAAGUUGAAAAACCUUGAAAUACUCCUUUUAAACUCGCUUUCUCUUCACAGGCAGUAUGCUGCAGUGAUGCCAAGCACUGCUGCCCCAUGGGAUACACAUGUAACCUAGGGAAGGGAGGCUGCUCCCAGCAGGCGGAGUUGACCUGGGACAUUUUCUUCACCCACAACAAAAAGAGAGACUUUGUUCCUUUUGGACUUUGA